AUGUACAUGCUUAAACCAUCCAUCCUGGCCCUAGCCACAACAGCCCUGGCCCAGACAUCAUGUCUCCCCGCCUGGUCCGCGCAUACAUGCCAUCUCUUCUCCGAGUCCAUGGCCUACCUCGACAGAAUCUACGACCCAGCAGCGGGCUACGUGUAUGACCCCAGCGCCGCGACCGCAAUGCGCCACGACACAAGAACGUCAGUAUGGUACGCCGUCGGCCUCCUGGCGCGCAACCAAGCCAACGACGUCGACCACGCCGCGACCAUCAUCACCAACGUGAUUGCCGCGCAGUUUAAAGACCCCAACGACCAGUGGUACGGUGACUAUCAACAGUACCCCGAGGAGCCCACCGUCGGCACGCCCGCCUACCAGCCCAUCAUCUACGACACCUGGGACCCCAACUGGCGCGGCUUCAUCGGGAUAGCGUUCAUCAUCGCGCUGGAGGAGUUCGCGCCCCUGAUCCCGGCGGAUGUCGUGCAGCUGAUGCACGCGUCGCUGUACAAUAAUACCGUGGGAGAUAGCUAUCGCGUCGGCGGCGUGGACGGGGAUAACCUCUACCCGUCGUAUACCAAUCCAGCCCUGAUGCGCGCGCUGGUAAGCAGCUGGACCGGGCACGCCCUCUCGGACGCGAACAUGACACACGCCGGCGAGACCUACGCGGCCGAGAUAAUAUCCCUCUUCGACCGCGCGCACACCCUGUCCGAAUUCAACAGCGCAACCUACACCGGCGUCUCGCUCAUAGCGCUAACAACCUGGGCGAAAUACGCGCCGCCGCACUCCGUCAUGCGCACCAAGGGCCGCGAAAUGCUCACGGCGACCUGGUCCACCAUCGGAGACCUCUACCACGCGGAUCUGAAGAACCUCGCCGGCCCGUGGGACCGGGCGUACGGCUUCGACAUGCGGAAGUAUUUCGGCAUCAUGGCGGCGCAUAUCUGGACGCUUGUUGGGAAGGAGGCGGCGCCGGUCGCGGACAAGGUGUAUAUGAUGUCGCACAAUGCGGAUUUUGCGAUUGGGCCGUUGGUGGCGGUGCUGGCGGGGUUUCAUAAUGGGUUUGUGCCGCGCGAUGUGGUGGGUAAGUUGGGGAGCUUUUCGGGGGAGCAUCUUGUCGAGGCGGAGGCGUAUUCUGUGCCGUAUGACUUUGAGCCGAGACGGGUGAGGGCGUGGCUUGGGGAGAGGGUGAGUAUUGGGGCGGAGAGCUUUAAUGAGAGUGUUGUUGGCGGGCCGGCGGUGAAUGCGGAGACGUUUAAUCCGGCGGUUGUGCAGUGGGAUACCGGGGAUGGAGUUGGGUGGAUUACUCUGUAUGCGACAGAAAAAGCCCUGGAUGUGGCCGUUGGUCCUGGGGUCUUGAAUCUGACGUAUCCCCAGGGGACGGCUGAGUCCCAGUUUCAGUUCCUGGUCUCGCCGUUUGCGCGGAAGAAGGAUGUUGCUGGCUGGGAAGAUCUUCCUGGAGUGAAGGUCUCUGUUUCUGGGACGGUGGACCUGACGCCGCUGGUGUCGUAUAGUGCCAGUGAUGCGACCAUCAAUGACUUUAUGUUCUGGAAUUUCACUUAUACGAUGCCAGCCAAUGCAACCUCGCUCCCGAGCAUCUCCUUGACCAUCGAGAUGGAGUAG